GCUUGUAGCAACGGCAAGCCGACCACAAUUCUACAUGUCAUUGGAUUAGAACGCGAGGAGGGACCAGCUUUUCCGACGACUGGGCGAUCAUUCCGCAAAAGGUCACCAUCCCCGCAUUACCGAGACACGAUCUCCAACAAUGUAACCGACAGAUGAUUUCAUAACUACUGGCAUCACCGCACUAAUGCAAAGCUUGUGAUGUUUACAACUGCAAUCAACAAUUAACUUUCGACGAAAUGACACCGACUAUUCCAUCGAUCGAUUUAUGGGAGCUGCUGUUCGAGAGACAAGACCGCAGCUUCCCCGAUAACCAUGAGAUCUUCAAAUCUUCAAAGUCCAACUCGCACUACACGUUCAAAGAUGUGAAAGAUAAGGCCCAGGUGUUUGGCCAGGCCCUUAAAACCCACUGGGGCUGGAAGAAGGGGGAUGUCCUUCUUGUGAUGGCCCCGAAUGUUAUAGAGACUCCCUCUAUUAUAUGGGGUUGCCACUGGGCAGGUGGUGUUGUAGCCCCCACAAACCCAGGACUCUCCGCAGAGGAACUGCAGUACAAUCUGGAGACUAGCAACGCGAAGGGACUCGUUCUUCAUCCACAGUGCGUCGAGGCCGGGUUAGAAGCUGCCCGGAAAUCUAAUCUGCCGGCUGAGCGCAUUUUGGCUCUCGGAGACGCCCAACGGGGGCUCGUAACCGUGGAUUCUUUCCUUCGGAAUAGCGAUUCGCAUUUGACCCGCACCCCUAUCGACCCGGAGAAUGACCUUGCGUACCUGGUGUAUUCAUCCGGCACCACGGGAAAACCCAAAGCUGUCAUGAUCACCCAUCGCAAUGUAGUCGCAGAGGUGGUUCUCGCCGGCGCAGCCGAAGGGCGCCAUGUUGAUUGGACUCGAGAUCGCGUCCUAGCUGUCCUGCCCACUUAUCACAUCUACGGGCUCAUUUGUCUCGUCCAUCUUCCCAUAUGGUUGGGAACGCCGACAAUCAUGAUGGAGAAAUUCGAGCUGGAAGCAUUCUGCCGACUGAUAGAGACGGAGAAGAUCACCCACGUGUUCGUUGCGCCUCCGAUUGUUCUGCAUCUGGCGAAGAACAGCGCAGUCAGCCGCUUCAACCUGAGCUCGCUCCGCAUGAUCACUUCCGGUGGUGCUCCGCUCGCUGCUGCUCUGAUCCGUGAGGGCUACCAGCAACUUGGAAUCCCAAUUCGUCAAGCGUAUGGGCUAUCGGAGACAGUGUCUAUCUCUCACAGACAAAGCUGGGAUAACUGGGACCAAGCCAUUGGGUCAUCGGGGCCGGUGCUACCUGGCCUCGAGGCCAAGAUAAUGAUUGACGACGCGCGUCAAGCACGAAAUAGCGAGGAAGGGGAAUUAUGGAUCCGAGGCCCGAACGUCUUCAAGGGCUACCUGAACAAUGCGGAACAGACCGAUGCAUGCCUCUCCGCUGAUGGCUGGUUCAAAACGGGGGAUAUCGGAUACGAAGACGCGAACGGCAAUCUCUACCUCACCGAUCGCGCCAAGGACAUGAUCAAGUACAAGGGCUACCAGAUUGCGCCGACCGAGCUAGAAGACAUCCUCCUCGGCCAUCCGCAUGUUAAAGAUGCGGCAGUCAUCGGAGUAGCGAACGACGACCUCCAGACCGAGGUACCACUGGCGUACCUCGUGCUUCAAGAUGCUACACAUGAAACCGAAGCCAUGGCAGUAAGCAUUCUAGGCUCUCUGAAGGAUCGCGUGGCGCAUUAUAAGCAUCUUCGCGGGGGCAUUGUCUGGAUCCCGCAGGUCCCGAAAAGCGCAGCUGGGAAGGUCCUUAAGCGCGAGUUGAAGGACCGAGUGAAAACUGUGGAUCGAGAGAGGAUAUUGGGGGCUGUGAAAUACACUCUUUAUCGCCAGGCCAAGCUAUGAGGCGCAUCGAUACCCC